UUGAAGGCGAGAGUCGUCCAUAUUGGAUUUUGAGAAAGAGAAUCGAUGUAGUGAUUAAAUCUGUGGCCAUCCUGGCCAUCUUCAUAAUAAUCAUUUAUUUUUACUCGCAAAAUCGAUAGAAUAUAYAUUUUCAAAGGUCUCUUUCAUGUGCAUUUUAUCGAUUAAGGAAUGGCAGUUGAAAAUGAAGAAGUGCAAUGGUGCUUUUCCCAGGUUAAAGGAACUAUAGAAGAAGAUGUGUCUGAAGCGGACAUAAUUUCAACUGUCGAAUUCAACCAUGAUGGAGAGCUGUUAGCAACAGGGGACAAGGGAGGACGAAUUGUCAUUUUCCAAAAAGACGAAGCUCCUAAGAAUUCACCCCGGUACGGCGAGUACAGUGUGUACAGUACCUUUCAAAGUCACGAGCCGGAGUUCGAUUACCUCAAAAGCUUAGAAAUAGAAGAAAAAAUCAAUAAAAUCAAGUGGUUAAAGCGGCAGAAUGCUUCACAUUUUCUUCUUUCAACUAAUGAUAAAACCAUUAAGCUCUGGAAGAUUUCUGAAAGAAAUUCCCGUGCAUGCAAUUUCAAUCUGCGAGAUGACCAAGGCGUUCCAAGAAACCCAGCAGAAAUAAAAGAACUAAGAAUUCCAGUUUUAAAACCAUCAGAUCUUGUAGUGGAGGCAAGCCCACGACGGGUCUAUGCCAAUGCUCACACCUACCACAUAAAUUCCAUAUCUGUAAACAGCGACGGAGAGACUUAUUUAUCUGCCGAUGACUUAAGAAUUAAUUUAUGGCAUGUAGGAAUUAAUGGUCAAAGUUUUAACAUUGUUGAUAUUAAGCCUACGAAUAUGGAGGAGCUCACAGAGGUUAUAACGGCUGCAGAGUUUCACCCAAUAGAAUGCAAUACUUUUGUAUACAGUAGCAGUAAGGGUACAGUGCGUCUGUGUGACAUGAGACAACAAGCAUUAUGUGAUACACAUGCAAAGUUGUUUGAGGAGGCGGAAGACCCAGCAACUAGGUCAUUUUUCUCUGAGAUAAUCUCUUCUAUAUCAGAUGUUAGAUUUAGUCAUAAUGGUCGCUAUAUGAUCACUAGGGAUUACUUAACAGUCAAGGUCUGGGAUUUGAACAUGGAGAAACAGCCAGUGGAAGUCUAUAGUGUACACGAUUAUCUUAGAAGCAAGCUAUGCUCCUUAUACGAAAACGACUGCAUCUUUGAUAAGUUUGAAUGUGUUUGGAAUGGAGAUGACUCGUCAAUCAUGACAGGAUCUUACAAUAAUUUCUUUCAUAUAUUUGAUCGCAACACAAAGAAUGAUUUAUGUCUGGAAGCCAGCCGAGAGUCUAGCAAACCAAAACAAGUAUUAAAACCUAGAAGAGUGGCUGUAACCGGCAAGAGAAAGAAGGAUGAUAUAACAGUAGAGUGUCUAGACUUCAGUAAAAAGAUCUUGCACACAGCCUGGCAUCCAAAAGAGAACAUCAUUGCAGUAGCAGCAACAAAUAACCUGUACCUAUUUCAAGAGGAGACAGGCACUCAAUAAGAUGCAAUUCAUUACAGGUGUUUAGGGACAAACGGCACAGGUCAACCUACAUGUCAAUUUAUUAAGUACUCUUUACCAAGGGCAAAGGAAUCUUCUUUUUUCAGUUAUUUGGAAAGUGAAGAAAUCUAUAGAACGUAUGACAAUUAUUCUCCCUGUUAGGUACUUCAUGCUAUCUCUUCUAGAAAUAACAUAAAUUUCAAAAUAUUUGUUACAUUUACCACGGUGUAAAAAUAAAACUACUUAUGAUGUAAUAUUUCUUGUCUCUGAGAGAGUGGUGGUUUGAAUUUCACAUGUUUUGCCAAUAGAUGUUUUAGCUCAAUUGUUUGACAUUCUUGGAUGUUUUUAUAGUUAUUUUGACACCUUUAUACCUUCUGAUACAAAUUUCUAUCAAAUGAUAUUUACUACUUUUGUGUGUAAUGAUAACUACUAUUCCUAGGAGUGCAAAUAAUUUCUGUUAGAAUUAUAAUUUCCAAUAAUAAAAGACAUCAUUCACUGAAAUUAGUAAAAAUUCAAAAACCUUGUAAUAAUAAAAAGUAACAUGGGAUGUUUCUACAGUUGUGUGUGCUGAGCAUUGCCCUUUCAUCUGCUUAAGAGGCCUUAAGAAGGCUACAGGCAAUGAUCAGGGCCUUGCAGCUGGAAGAUGGCCCUGUAAACAUUACUGAUCCCCUUUAUAGGUUAAGCAUAAAAAAUAAUUGUCCGAGUUGAACCUCGACAUUGAACAACAGUUGUCACGACUGUCAGCUAAAUUUGGGGAGGGCAUGAAGCUAGAGUGUCAUCAGCAAACCACAGAAUGAAGUCACUAAACCUGUGAAAUAGAUAUCAUUGCUUUCUUUGUCUACUAGUUAGACCAUUACAAGUUGACUAGUAUUUAUUAUUUCACGGGUUAAAUGCCUUCAAUCUAUUCCUCAACAUACUACUAACUUAUUAGUACGAAAUAGAAAAGUGAAACGAUUGAAAAGAAAGAAAAUAGAUGUGUUUAGUAUUAUUUAGUUUUUGUGCUAUUUCAUGGAUAUAUGGUUUACAACCUUAAUGGUGAAGAUUUUGUUGCAAAUUGUUACAUUGAAACUGUUACAAACCAAGCCCCAAAAGCACUGAUUCCAAUCGGCAAUGUCCUAAUGAUAUAGAAUUUUCAUCAAACUAUGUUCAUUUUUCUGGUAUAUUUUCUUAGGUGCUGACAUUAUUUACAUUAAUGGGUAUCAUAAAUUUCAAGCUCGGUAAACAACAUGCAACAUUUAAACCUUCACCAACACUUUUUGAAACGGCUGUAUUAGUAAAAAAUUCCUGCCUUUUAUGUGAAUAAAACUCUAAACUAAAUAAUAAAAACAGAUACUUUGAGUCCAUCUUCUGGGCCCAGUUGUACGAAGGUUGAAUAGCACUAUCUGAAGAAUAAUUCUUAUCCAGUGAAAAAAUCUAUUGGAUAGUGGCAUCGACUUAUCCACUGUUAAGGAUUUAUUCGUUGGAUAGCCCUGGUUGUUAGUGGAUAGCAUUUUUGAUUUCUUUUCUCAAGUAGAGUUUGGUAUUUUGCUUAGAUGAAUAGUGAAUGUUAUAAAGUAGCAAGUUGAACCAUUUGAAAUUUUGUCAAAAUUAGCUUUAUUUUAAUAUAUACUUUGCAAUAAACUCACUCCAAUUGUUGUCUAA